AUGUUUGGCUCCGUGCUGCUCUGCUGCUGCUCCUUCACACUGCUGCGUCUCUCUUCUUCUCUGGUUCAUGGGAACCUUCAGCUGGACGACGGGCCGGCCGAUGGGCGACGUGUCGACGCCUCCUAUCUGUCUGACCGAGAGAGAGGCCACGCCCCCGACCCCAUGGCUGACCACGGCCUCCUGCCCGUGGACUCUGUGGAGGAUCACUUCCUGAUGGAUGCGGGCGCCUACGACGAGGACUCGUCGGCGGCGCUGCAGCUGCAGGGGCGGGCCAUGCGGUCCCCACGGCGCUGCAUCCCCCAUCAGCAGUCCUGCUUGGGCUACCCACUGCCCUGCUGCGACCCCUGUGACACCUGCUACUGCCGCUUCUUCAACGCCAUCUGCUACUGCCGCCGGGUCGGCCACACCUGCCCCCCCCGCCGCACCUGA